UUCGUCACCCCCUCUGUUCGUGCAACGCGGUGGAAAAGACGAAAUUCCGCCUCUGCCUUUUUCCCUCCGCCUAAAACAAACUACAGUUCCCUAGUUAUCAUGGGAAACGCGGGGCAGUUACGCGCUGCGGAGACGCGCUGUACAGAAAGCGAGAGGAAUGGGGGAGGGGCGGCAGGUAAAGAGCGAAGGGGAUGGCGAGGAGCGGGCGGCGCUUGCGCACACGCGCUCCCAUCCCUGCGCAUCGCUCCCCUCCCCCCACCUCUUUUUUGCAGCAUCAGUACCGCGUUCGGAAUCGCAUUCGUGUGCUGGAGUCAGAGCGCGCUGCGGGGCAUCACUGCACCGCCACGGAGGACGCACCAUCACUGAACCAGGAAUAGGGAAAGGGGGAAAAGGGCGUGAAGUAGCGCAGAGGGGGAAAACAGGGAAAUCCGUUGUUGAGAAGCACCUACAUCUGUGGAAAACUACAGACAGGAGCCAGACGAUUGGUAAUAAACACACAAACGCAUCGGAAAUCUCAAGCGACGUUUUUGGCCAGCACGGCGGGGAAAAAUGAAGGAUCGCACGCAGGAACUACGAAGUGCUAAGGACAGUGAUGAUGAUGAAGAAGUCGUUCACGUUGACCGAGAUCACUUUAUGGAUGAAUUUUUUGAACAGGUGGAGGAGAUCCGCGGCUGUAUUGAAAAGCUGUCAGAGGAUGUAGAACAGGUGAAGAAGCAGCACAGUGCCAUUCUAGCAGCACCUAACCCUGAUGAAAAGACCAAGCAGGAGUUGGAGGACCUCACAGCUGACAUCAAGAAGACAGCCAAUAAAGUGCGCUCUAAAUUAAAAGCAAUCGAACAAAGUAUCGAGCAGGAGGAAGGUUUGAACAGAUCGUCUGCAGAUUUGCGAAUCCGUAAGACACAGCAUUCCACGCUGUCACGCAAGUUUGUGGAAGUGAUGACAGAGUACAACACCACGCAGUCCAAAUACAGGGACCGCUGCAAGGACCGCAUUCAGAGACAACUGGAAAUUACUGGCAGAACAACCACCAAUGAGGAGCUGGAGGAUAUGCUGGAGAGCGGGAAGCUUGCCAUCUUUACUGAUGAUAUCAAGAUGGACUCUCAGAUGACCAAGCAGGCACUAAAUGAGAUUGAGACCCGACACACUGAGAUCAUCAAGUUGGAGAACAGCAUUCGUGAGCUGCACGACAUGUUUGUGGAUAUGGCCAUGCUGGUGGAGAGUCAGGGAGAAAUGAUUGACAGAAUCGAGUAUAACGUGGAACACUCUGUGGACUAUGUAGAGAGAGCAGUUUCAGACACCAAGAAGGCUGUCAAAUACCAGAGUCAGGCACGCAAGAAGAAGAUCAUGAUCAUCAUCUGCUGUGUAAUUUUGGGAGUGGUUUUGGCAUCCACCAUCGGAGGAACCCUGGGCUUCUAAACGACAUGACGAGAGAAGAAAACUUGGGAGAGCUGAGUGCUUUCUCCACUUAAACACGAAAUGAGGAAACUGUCAUAAAACGGGGGUUGGGUAGGGUUAAAAACGAAUAUUCUAAAUCAUACAAACGAAAACAAAAUAAACAAGGGAGAUGUUACUUACUAGCUGAUUUAAAUAUAUACAAAAGUGGGUUCAAAUAAACAUAAUAUUUACAAACUGUACAUGUAAAUGUAUUGAACAUAAAAGCAGCACAUGGGUCACUACCUGUAAAGGAAUAAAAUCAACUUUCGUUUUUAUUUCUUAUUUUUUUAGCGUUGCUUUUAUUUUGGGGGGCAUCCAGGACAGUGCCAGCAACUGCUAAAUUGUUUUAUGUUCCAGCAGAACAUGGUGUUUGGCUAACCAUAAAUGCAUUACGAAUACUAACCUACUGACUGCAUAGAUGUUAUAGACAAUAGUCAUAGUCAGAAGUUACGAGUGAUCGCUUACGUUCAAACAAAAUCUCUCAUUGUUACGAUAUUAGUUAACUGAUUACCGAACGUUACCACCUGGCAGCGUUGGAUUGCGUCAACCUCACAGCUUAAUUUCUUCAGUUUUAUUGUUGGAAGACGAAAACAAGCAAUGAAAAAAACAUGAUCUAAGAAGCACACAUUAUUUAACAAUAGUGAGAGGAAGUGACAUCACUAAGUUUGUACAUAAGAGUUUUUUCUUUGUGGCUUUGCCACCAACGUCACUUACUGUACUGUUGAUAGUUGGCAGUGAAAAAAAUGUCAUUUUUGAUUUUAAUGUCGCCACAUUGUUACGCAUUUAGUGAGCUACACUGGGUUCGGUAGGGCGGCAUUGUGCAAACUGUUAAACUAUGCAGUUUUGAUAGCGAAAAGUGCCCCUGAUUUUUUUGUUAAAUCAUGAUAGAGGAACUACAGAAGGAUCUUAACUGGUCUAGAGAUUUCUUAAAAGAGAUGUUAUAAAAAAGAUAAUUUAACGUCAAUACUUGAAGCAAUGCCUAGCCUAAAUAUUUUCUUUUGGAAAAUAGUCAGUUCUGCUGAGGUAUAUUAUUUAAGUUCAUUUGCUUCAUAUAGAUAUUUAUUUAUAUUAUCACGUAGACGAAAAGUUUGAACUGGACAAUUUUGGUUUUGAAGGAUAUUGCUUGACGUUUUCACCUUGGUGCUAGUUGAGAGACUCAUAAAAUGAAACAUUUACUGGAACAAGACAGAGGUCGCCACGUUAAAUUCUACAUAUCUAAAAAUGAUGGGGCUCAGUGCAGACAAUAUUCAGUGGAAGUAAAUUGUCGUAUGGUUUGUCAAGCUGAGGACCUAAUUGAAACACCUAUUAUGCAGUCACUAAAUAUGACAAAUUUUUAUUAAACAAUGUCCAUGCUAGCACCUCAAGAUUUCAAGACAGAACUAGCUUAGAUUUUUUUCGUCCAAAGACACAAAUCAAACAGCUGGAUCGAUUUGUUGCAUUUCUUUCUUUUUAGUUGUCGAGACAGAAAGUGCAAGCUUGGUGAAAUGCGUUCUGCUUGUUUCAAAUUCAAGGGCUAAAAUUCCAAACCAAACUUUAGCUCUGUUUUCUGUUUGUUGAUACACAUUCACAAUCCCUCUUCGCUCGAUUAGUCUCAGACAACUAUGCGCUUAGAAAGCCCGUUUUUCCUCAUCGUUAAACAGCAUGUAAAUGAGAAAAGUGCACUCAUUUUUCCAAUAUUGACUUACAUUUUCCAUGUACUGCUUUUCACUGAAAAUAUAGCCUAUAUAUAUAUAUAUAUAUAUAUAUAAAAACAGGAGCCCCCCACACCCUCUCACGACCCAAAGCAAAGUAGUGGGGAACAGGAAUGAAUUGGGGAUGUAUACUGUACACUUUUUACAAAGCCUGAGGCAGAGGACCGUAACUAUUUUGCUUUACUCAUUUCAGUAAUGUCCAGCAUGUUUUCUUUGAAACUUCUGUGUAUUGAGUGUCAAAUCACUUACAUGUAUGGUAAAAUGAGGUAAAUAUGUAUGUCGGUGUUGUUUUUAGUAGAAGAUAUAGCUGGAAGGCCCUUAUUUGUUAACGCAUGCAACUUUCUCCUUGUUAGUUUGCAUGGCUCUCUAUCAUGUGUGCACUUUACAAUCAAAGAAAACAAUGUCUUACGCCGCAACAUUUUUUUUUUCUCGGUUGGUUAACGUUCGUUUCUUAAUUCUUACUUUUGAAGGGUUGGAUGGGGGGAUUGACACGAUAUAAUAAGUUUCACCGCCCGUGUCAUCAGGACCCUGACAAUGCUCUAGUUUUACCACAGUCCUCAUGAAUGCUGUGGGUGUGCACAUGAAUACAAAAUGUGGGUAUUUUGUUCCCCAUUAGUGCAAAGCGAUGCACUUUUCCCCCCAUCCUCGCCCUCUGGAAACGCUCCGGGUAAAAUCGUUUUUCCUGCAUUUUCGAUUCGUUUCACUAUUACCCCAAUGUUUACCCAACUUGACUGUCGUGCUUAACUGGUGACGAUAUGUGAAUUAUUUCGUAAAGACUAUUGUUUAUCGUGAGUCGUGUGCUGCGGUGUCGAAUUGUGCAACUCAAAGGCCAAGUGUGUGUGCCCCUGUUCCCUCGCCAUUUUUCCUUUUUUAAACGCGCGUUGCUGUAUAGUGUGCAUGAGCGUUUUUGUGCGUGCGUGUGGUUGUGUGUGUGCUCGUCUGCUCUUAAAGCCCUAAGCGGUGUCGGCGUAGGGGCUCCUCUGGUUUGCUGCUCUAUGGGUCGCAGCUACAGAGUCCCGGUUUUGUGCGACUUCAUUCAAAUGUUGAGAAAAGUAAUAAGAUUUAAAAGCCAAAGCGUUAUGCGAGUACAGAGCACAAUGGUACAGUCGACUGUAUUGUGUAGUCCUCUCCGCCCGUAAGUCUUUGCGUGCGCGUCGUUUUAAAUUCCACACCAUUCAAACUACAAGGUUCUCAUGAAAGUUUUGUUUCUUUGUUUUUCCUUUUUCAAGAAUACCUGUAUAUUGUGUACUACACGAGCUUGUUCGUUUUAAAGCACUUUCUCCAAAAACAGCUAAGUACAAAACAAAUGUUUCCCAGCAAUGUUCAAAGUUUGUUUGUAUGUUGUUUUGUUUUUCUUUUCCCUACGAAUGAUGCUCUAUAUAUUGUCAUUUUCCCCCCACACUUUAUUUCUGCCUCUGUGCUGGCAAUACAUUAGACGUAGACAUUAGAUCAGCUCUGGUUAAAAACGUUGAAAUAAAAAUUGUAUAAUAACAUGGGUACAGAUCUGGAAGAACGUUUUCUUAGUUGUUGAACGUUGAUUUUUGUUCCACACUGUUUUGGAUGUUUGUCACAUGAACACUGAAACGACCAGACAGCACUAGCAUAACACAGCACAUUGAGAAGGCAUUUUGUAAAUGAGUGAAAAUUACAAACUGAUUAUGAAAACAAUGUACCUUUUAGAGCUUAACUGCAUAUCAGUCUUUUUGGUUGGGGUUGUCGAGCACCUCAUCACAGCAGGUCGCGUCAUUUGUUCAAUCUGCCGCUGUGCUGACCGAACCUUCAAACACAUUUGUGUUGUUUAUCUGCACCUUGGCUGACGUAAGCGAACAGCCGAAACCUGCGAUCGUGAUUAACCCGACAGCCCCACCCACAAAACCUCCUUAAUUUCAAGCAUUUUUGUGUCAUUCCUUUGAUGUAUAUUCCCAUUAAACUUUAUACCAGUAUUCUUGUUUCAGUGUUAGAUUUAGGAUGAGGAUACGGUUUGUAGAGAUGUGGCUCAAACUGUGAUUAGGGCAAAAUGAUCAUCGCCACGGUCACAUGAUGACCUGCAGCGUUGUGAUGAAUAUUAUAUUAUAAUUAAAGGAAGACGCAGUAACCACUUGCUGACUGGAUAUGGAUGACAUAAUUGAAUUCUACCGUUAUCAAAUGUGAUGAAUUAUAUAACUACGAUGAUUUAAAAACUCCCGAGAAGUUGUGUUAUAUUAGUAGUAAUAUUGAAUGCUCGCGAUUUUGUCAAUCUGAACUGAAUCUUUGUCUUGUAAUUAUUGUAAAUAUUUCAACGAGAGAAAAAAAUGACUUGCAUGUCCAUGUAUAAAACUACUAAAAUAGUUCCUGUCAAAGUUGUGAGGUUGAUUGAUUUUUCUUUUUCUUUGCCCUGGUCACACAGGUGUUUACUGUUGACCGCAAGUAUGUACGCUCACAGCAUAUUUCGUUUCCGAUGAUGUCAGUAUGUAUUACGCAAAAGUGGAACAACGCUUUACCAUCCGAUUCAAAACAAUGUUAACUCGGACAGCCGCUAGCGGUUCAACUCUGAGGAAAGUGCUUCCCUCCAUGUGCACCGUCGAUACAGUAGAUCUACAGGUCACACGUCACAUCUGUAGCUUCCGGAAACCAUAAACGCUCAACUCUCUCGCAUUUACCGCCCUUGCAGAGGUCCACCGCAUCGUCAGAUGUAGAACAAAUUAUUGGCGGGAUUACGUGUUACUUUGGCAGUCGUGCUGGUUAGAGCUGUACAUAACCUAGAAAACUUUGCACCCUGUAGCAUGUUUGAAAUUCAAAAGCUAUGAUAUUCAAAUGCUUGGCAGAUGAUGAACAGACUGAAUGAUAAAUAAAGCAAGCAAAAUAAAAGGCUCAUCUGUGCAAUACAAAGAAAAGGGCUUUCUCACACAUCCACACGAAAGCACUGACGUCAAUAUCAUUGUGGGAACCUAGGAAAACUACAGUCAGUUCCAGCCGUGGCUUUAUGUGUUGCCAAACGACUCCUUUCCCCGCUUAAACCACAAUGGGAUGGGCACCAAGGAUGGGAAGGAAGAAAUUAAAUCGAUUUCUGCAACUUUGACUGGAAUUGCAACUUCUGUCUUUUAUUUUCUGUGUGUGUAUGUGUGUACUGUAUUGUAAAAAAAGGAAAAAGAUACAAACAAACAAACAACUUAAUUGUCCCUCUCUCCCCCUCUCUUGUAAAACUGUUUGAUGUUCUGUUUGGUUAGUGUGGCGUACCAGUAGCCCUCUCCUCUCUUAAACCUUUGCUAUCUUCCUACCUUCUCUCACAAACUCUCUCCCUCUUUUCUCCAUGGAUCUUUAAGAUGAGAACUCUAUGCAGAUGCUGUCUUUUAUAAGUGUGUCAAAAUUUUAAGUUGAAAUGAAAAUGAAAAAAGAAAAACCCCAACAAACAGAUAUUAUGAACUGAAACAAAAAAUAAAGAAAAACGAUUGUCCAGUGUAA